AUGUCGAAUCCACAUCGCAGUAGCUCGGGCUAUGGAUUCCCUCCUACUCGAGGCUACUCCAAUGACCCACGCAUGUCGCAACAACAACAACACGAUCCGCGUAUGUCCCGUCAAAGCAGCUAUCAGCAGCAGCAAUACUAUCAACCUCAAAUGCGCCAGUCUGGUUAUUAUUCAAUGACUCCUGGUAACAAUACACCACCUCGACCACCAGCACAUCGUCAACAUCAUACACCAUCACCCCAAUAUCAACAGCAACAAUACCGUGCUAUGGAAGAAUCUCGUCGAUCCUAUGAUCAACACCAUCAACAUCAUCAACAUCGAUCACAACAACAACAUCGGAUACCUCCAGGGCAAGGACAACAUGGUAGACCUAUGCAUGGACAACGACCACCACAAGCACAAUACAAUGCAGGCAACAACAUGGCAUAUCGUCAAGGUAGCGUGAGCCGCUCCAGAUCACUUUCUCGUCCCGAACGCCAACGACCACGCCAAGGCAUGUUAAAUCGUACACCAUCUCAGCACCGUGCUGCUGCAGGCGUACAUCUUGCUCCUGGUGCUGCUAAUCCACAAGCUGCACGUCAACCAAUGUCUCCAGCUCAGCUGCAGCAACAAAAGUUACAACAACAACGUGCUGCUGGUUUGACAGCAGGUGGUAUGGGUGCUGCUGCUGCUGCUGCUAGUGGUAGUGCCAUGCAUAUGCAAUCACAACAACCACCUCUUCCACCACCCAAAGAUGAUGAUGAAGAAGAAGAUAAACCUCCUGUACGAACUACCCUUUGGGGAUGGGUUGCUUUCCUUGUCACUUGCUGCUAUCCACCAGUAUUCAUUCGUGUCGUCUUUCGUAAAGAAAAUGCUCUCAUGCAACAAGCUUGGCGUGAAAAGGUUGCUCUUUUCUACAUUAUCUUGAUUCUAUGCGGUGCCCUCACAUAUAUCACCGUUGGCUUGGCAAAGACGCUUUGUCCAGACUCUGUACAAGGUUUCCCUUACUCGGCAGAUGUGGAUGGUGAACGUCUACCUGUUUAUCGUGAAAAUCCUCGUGUCUUUGGUGAUAUCUACGACAUGGACAAGUUGAAGGAUUUCUUUUCAAGCAAAGGUCUCAAUUUGACAAAUGACUAUCAAAACAUGGAUAUCGGUGGUAUGUUUGAUGGUGACACCAAAGGCGCAUGCACCACGUUUGAUCAAGGAAGUGUCAAAACCCUUAGCAAUUGCAAAGUGGAUAGUCCUUAUGGUGGAUCCAUUAGCAAUGACGAUGGCAGCUGUUUAUCACUUGCAGAAUUGGAAUCCUUCACCUCAAAGAUCGGAUCGGUAGCUUUUGACUGGAUUGACUUGCGACCCGGUGGUGCUGAUGAUUUAGGUGCCACUGACUUGGUGGUGGUCGGCGAUAGUGUGCUCAACCUUACCAACUACAUUGGUGCCAACCAAAAGUUUUUCGGCGACACAGUGGAUACGGCUUUACUCAACACGCGUGGCAAUGAUGCAUCGUACGCUGUUUUGGCAAGCGCUGGCAAAAAGACACGAGAUUGCCUUAUUGCACGCUAUCGAGCUGGCAUGAUGGAAACUGAAACGGGUGGAUGUAUUGCCAACAACAUUGUUAUGAACAUCAUGUUUGCAGUCAUCAUUGCUAUUAUUGUGGUGCGUUAUUCAAUGGCAUUGCUAUUCCAAUGGGUGAUUGCUAAGCGGCUCGUGAAACCUGGUGGUCGAUCCAAUUGGCUCGCUUGGCGUUCUAUCAAAGGAGGCAACGAUGACCCUGCCAACCAUAUCCCAGGUCCCUAUAACAACUAUGGCCCUAUGAAUAUGGCUGCACGUGGUUCUUCAUCUUCGGUUAGCUCAGGCACAGUUUCUUCUCGAGGAGGUGCUGCAAGUAGCGGGAGCGAACAAAACUCUGCCGUUGAAAUUAGCGGCACCCAGUCCGAUAUCGUGUCCACUGAAUUGUACACCAUCAUGUUAGUCACCUGCUAUUCGGAAGGCGAAGAUGGUUUACGCACCACAAUGGAUAGCUUGGCUGAAACUACCUAUUCCAAAAAACACAAGUGCUUUUUUAUCAUUUGUGAUGGCAUGAUCACGGGUGCUGGUGAAAGCAAAUCGACUCCUGAUAUUGUCGUAAGCAUGAUGGAUCUCGACCCUACUAUGAGCAACCCCAAAAAAUGUACCUACCUUGCUAUUGCCGAUGGUGAAAAACAGCUCAACAUGGCCAAAGUGUAUGCAGGUCAUUACAAGGGCACACCUUGUGUCACCAUUGUAAAGUGUGGUACAGAGGAAGAGGAACAAUCUAGUCCUAAACCCGGCAACCGAGGUAAACGUGACUCGCAGCUUAUUCUCAUGUCAUUUUUUCAACGCGUCUUGUUCAAUGAUCGACUUUCGGAGCUCGAUUAUGAGAUAUUCUGGAAAACUACUUGGUUGAUGAAGGGAGUGACUCCUGACAAGUUCGAAUUGGUACUCAUGGUGGAUGCUGAUACAAAAGUAUUGCCGGAUGCAUUAACCUACAUGGUUGCAGCAAUGGCCAAUGACAUCACCAUUAUGGGUCUUUGUGGCGAAACUCGUAUUGCAAACAAACGUGCAUCAUGGGUAACGGCUAUCCAGGUGUUUGAAUACUACAUUUCCCAUCACUAUGCCAAAGCAUUCGAAUCUCUCUUUGGUAUCGUCACAUGUCUUCCAGGCUGUUUCAGUAUGUUCCGCGUCAAGGCUCCUAAGAAUGGCGCGUGGGUUCCAUUGCUUGCCAAUCCUGAUAUUAUCCUCGAAUACAAUCAAAACGUCGUCAACACCCUUCACGAGAAGAACUUGUUGUUGCUUGGCGAAGAUCGUUUCUUAUCCACGCUCAUGUUACGCACUUUCCCCAAGCGCCAAAUGAUGUUUGUUCCCCAAGCUCGUUGUCGAACCAUUGUGCCUGACGAAUUCAAGGUGUUGUUAUCGCAACGUCGUCGAUGGAUUAAUUCAACGGUCCACAACCUUAUGGAAUUGAUUCUCGUAUCGGACUUGUGUGGUAUUGCAUGCUUGUCAAUGCAAUUCUCCGUCUUUGUCGAUUUGGUUGCUGCACUUGUACUUCCCGCUGCUAUUUGUUUGACGAUUUACUUGAUCAUCAGCUCUGCUAUUUCAUCCAAUCCUCAAUGGCAAUCUCUCGCUCUUUUGAUCGCUAUUUUGUUCUUGCCCGGUAUCCUUAUUGGUAUCACGACGUUCAAGCUUGUUUAUAUUUGUUGGAUGAUUAUUUACAUCAUUGCAUUACCGAUUUGGAACUUUGUUUUGCCCCUGUACUCAUUCUGGCACUUUGACGAUUUCUCAUGGGGUGCUACUCGUAUGGUAGCUGGUGAAAAGAAGGAUAAGGGCCAUGGUGAUAGUGAAGGUCGAUUUGACUCUUCUCGCUUGGUGAUGAAGAAAUGGGAAGAUUGGGAAGCUGAACGUACAGGUCAACGUAUCACUCGAAACCGAUUUACAUUGAAAACACCAUUGGAUCCUCCUCCAGCAUUUGACGGCAAAUCUUCAGUGACACCUGUAACACCAACAUUUGGCAGCAUUUUCAAUGACCGCAAAAUGUUCAAUUCAUCCACAUCACUUGCAAGCAUGAGUGGCAUGGCAACGCCUACACGUACACCUACUCCUCCUCUUCCACCACCACCACCACCACCACCACCAUCGUCAGGACGAUAA